UCCUAAAAGCAGCGCUUUUAGUUCAUCUCGCUGUAGCUAUUGCGGAUUCUCAAGACGAAUUUCCCGAGUACUCGGACCAAUACGAAGCCUACAGCUAUGGCAAUGCGUUAGAGGUACUAAAAGCGAACGAGCCCGUAUAUUUGUUUCGUGCAUCAUCGGACUGGAACACGGGUUUCACUCGUUGCAUGAGGUCCGAGUUGUCCAGGUAUGUCGGCGAUACGACGUACGAGCGGACACUGAAGUAUCAAGCACAGACUGAGAGUGGGAGUGGAAAAUGGGUCGAAUACGAAACAAAAAUGCAACUGACUUUCAAACUAGGAACUACUACGCAGUCCUACAUUCAGGUGAAGGAGUUGGGAAGCCCAAGCCCACUCAAGACAAAAGGAGUUCUGUUUGAGACAUAUCCUGUGCUCUUCGCUCAACCACACUGUGUAGUGAUGGGAACGUAUAACUCCACCGGUCCGACUACCGCAGACACGACAUACGUGGAGGCGCCAGAACUUCUGGCACUCUUGAAAGCUUUACUACGCCGUGUAGGGCCAGUAAUGGUAUCGCACAGGCACCACUAUACUGCCCUUAAACCACCUCUGAAGUAAAAUGGCACCAC